AUGUCGGAGCUCAAGCUUCAGCUCCCCCCAGAUGGGAUGCCGUAUGCUGAUUUCAACCCUUCGAUUAUCACCAUAAUCGUAAUCUUGGUUGCAGCUCUCUUCUUAAUGGGGUGUUUCUCGAUUUACAUCCGGCGGCGCUCAAACGAAGGAGGUGGUAUUAUCCGUAGAGUCUCCAUACGCCGUGCUGCGGUGGCGUCACGCGGUCUCGAUUCGACGGGAGCACUUGAGUGCGCCGUGUGUCUCAAUGAAUACGAAGAUGAAGAAACUCUCCGGUUGAUUCCGAAGUGCGAUCAUGUUUUCCAUCCCGAGUGUAUUGACGCUUGGUUCGAGAAUCACGUCACUUGCCCUGUCUGCCGUGCGAAUCUCGUUCCUGAUUCCGGCGAGUCCGGUAACGUUCCCGCAGAGGUGGAGCUAGCUGUUUCAGGCGAUGAACAUCACCGGACCACCGCAGCUGGGGAAGAAAAUGACGGCGUUUCUGGUUCUGGUUCUGGUUCCGUUUCCAUUUCCAUUGCUGAAGAUCCUGUAGUCAACAUACAAGAGCCAGCGACGCAUACUGAGUCGCUGAACCGGAACCAAAGUGGAAAACAGAACCGGCCACAGAUAUUCCCGAGGUUGUUCGACAAGUUUAGAUCUCAUUCGACCGGACACUCGCUGGUUCAACCGGGGGAGAAUCUAGACCGGUUUACGUUGCGGUUGCCGGAAGACGUGAGGAAGCAAGUCGUGAAUCGAGCUCUGCUAAACCGGAUGGGAAGCACUGUGAGGAUGACCGGAGAAGGGAGUGAAAAGAAAGGGUUCAGGACGGCCGGAGUAGGUAGCGGCCGGAGAAAAUCUUACAGACGGCUGGAGAGUUUAGACCGGGUGGUGGUGAGGUCAGAACGGUGGGUUUUGUCGAGGGCACCAUCUUUUUUGACUCGAGCAUUCUCCAUUAGGUCUCCGAGGGUUGUCUCCGGCGACGGCGAAGCAUCAACGUCGGCGACGACGCCGAAAGGCUCCAAAUCGGGCGAUAAAAUUCCACUAAAUAACUUUGGACCCAAAAGUUGUUGA